AUGAAUAGACCUGAACAACAGCAACAAUACAAUCAGUAUCAACAACAACAGCAACAGUUUCGUCAACCACAACUACCAUAUAAUGAUUACCAACAACAUCAACAACAUCAGCAACAGCAACAGCCUCAACAAUAUCAACAGUAUCAACAAUACCAACAAACCCCACAACAAUUUCACCCUCAGUAUAACAUUUCACCUUCAACUCAACAUUCACAUAUUUCACCAACAUCUUCACAAUAUUCCAAUACUUCUGAAGGUCAAAGGCUAAAAUCUGCUCAAGACACUGUAACAACAGAUGAUGGACGUCCCUUAUUGGGUGCUACGAAAGUUGAUCAAUUGAUGCUUGUUAUUCAAGCCCGUAAAAAAGGUGUUCAUAAUCCAAUAGCACAAGCUGAUGAUGGUUCUAUUUUGGAUAAUGGUGAUGGUGUAUUGCCUCAAGAAACGGAAUUAGUUGGUGGGAUUGAUAAACCAAAGACAAAAGGUACUAAACAUCAUGAAUGUCAGUAUUGUCACAAGACUUUUACUCAAUCAACUCAUUUGGAAGUUCAUGUUCGUUCUCAUAUUGGUUAUAAACCAUUUGAAUGUAAUUAUUGUGGGAAAAGAUUCACUCAAGGUGGUAAUUUAAGAACUCAUUUGAGAUUGCAUACUGGUGAGAAACCAUACAUUUGUGAAACUUGUGGUAGAAGUUUUUCAAGAAAGGGGAAUUUAGCUGCUCAUAAACUGACCCAUGAAAAUUUGAAACCAUAUGAAUGUAAAUUAGAUGGUUGUAAUAAAGCAUUCACACAAUUGGGGAAUUUAAAAGCUCAUCAAAAUAGAUUUCAUUUAGAGACAUUGAACAAUUUAACUAGGAGAUUAGCUGAGAUUGAUCCAGAAGAUGCACAAACUACAAUGAAUCCAGAUGAAAGAGAUUUAUUGAAUUAUUUUGCUGGAUUAUACAAAAAUUCAAAUAGAGGUAUAAAAGGUCGUGGGAAAAGAACAUCACCAGUGUUGAAGACACCACAAAUUGCAAACCAAGCUGCUCCAGUUAAUAAUCAACCACAACCACAACAGCAGCAGCAACAGCAACAGCGUCCUCAACAACAACAGGCUAAACAAGAACAGCAACAGCAGUACAACCCACAAUACCAACAAUAUCAAUAUCCUCAAGAUCAAUCAUUCAAUCAACAGUUGGCCUUUAAUCAACAAAAUGGUGCAAAUUUUGCUCCUCCUAUGAAUCCUGGCGCAAAAGCUGGUAAUAUUUCAUUCAAAAAUGUGAAUUAUAAUUGA